UUCAGGAAUAGUCUGUGACUCCACUAGCUCCUCUCUGAUUUCUGUGCAAAACAACACCUCAGAAGGGUAAUGGAGGAUGAAGAAGGAUAUAUGGCUAUCGACCUAGCACAAAGGGAUGCUUACAUGCAGCCCACCUCACAAAAGAUGCAAGAUUCCACCACCAAAUGCCAGUGCUGGAAAAUCACAUUAGGGGCUUCUCUGACGCUGAGCAUUGUUCUGAACGCGACCCUGAUCACUCUUCUUAUACUUUUCCAGGUGAGAGACUCCCAAGACUGUUCUUGUCAAGGAAACCCUCCCAAUUCAUGUGGCUGGGCUUCGGGCAGCUCAACAGCCUAUGUGACUCUGAAUCCAGCCACUGCCCACCGCCGACUCGUCCUGUCCACAGAUCUGAAAACCGUGACCUGGGGAAAGGAAGAGAUGAGCCUUCCCAACAAUACAGAGAGAUUUGAUCAGCGUGUUUGGGUGCUGGGCCGUGAAGGAUUCCUCUCCGGGAAACACUGCUGGGAAGUUGAAGUGAAGGGGGAUGGCGAAUGGGCUGUAGGGGUUGCCAAGGAGUCUCUGAAGAGAAAAGGAUUACCAGAUUUUAGCCCCGCUGAGGGGAUCUGGGCCAUCGGGGAGUACUGGGGGGUCGGCAACUAUCGGGCUUUCACUUCUCCUCAGCCUACACAACUAUUCUUUGACAAGAAGCCCCGCAGAAUACGUGUCUCUCUGGACUACACUCAAAGACAAGUAGAAUUUUUCAAUCCUGAAACCAAGAAGUCAAUCUAUACUUUCUCUUCAGCUGCUUUUUCUGGGGAAAAGAUAUACCCCUGGUUCCGAGUGUGGGACGGAACAGAACUCACCUUGCAUCCCUGAGACACCAAAAUCAAUACUAAAGAAGCCCUUCUACAACUUCCUAAGCUUUAUGAUCUUGGAGGCCUCAUGCAUUAUCUCUUCUUGGAGGCCUCAUGGCAGAGGUCUUGGACAUCACCUAUUAUCUGGUCUUUUUAACUGGUGAUGCUGGGGAUUGAACCUGAGACUUUCUGCGUGCCAAGCAGAUGCUGUACCACUGAGCCAUGACCUGUUGGUGAGAGAGUAAUCUUGUAUAGAGAAAGAGAAUGUGUGUGUGGAAAAUGCAUGG